CUCACUACAGAUACAAAAAGACUGGAUAUGCCUUUGUUCUCGAGAAAUCAUGAUUUUCAGAAUGUCAUAUACCCUCAGAAUUUGUACAAUAAAUAUUGGUUAAUUAAUAUGGUGGUUCCUGAUGAUUAUGAGGCUAUUAUUCAAUGGCAUCCAGAAAUGAUAUUAGUUUCCAAAAAUCCAGUUACAUGGCAAGGAUUUAUAACAGCAUCUUGUAAUUUUAAUGCAGGAAUAAAUAUUCGAAUCAAAUUAAAGUUGACUGUACCAAAUUAUCCCUCAUUGAUUGAUGCGGAAAUUAAUUUUGGUAAAGAAAUAACAUUCAUACGCAACGAAGAAUUUAAUAGGAGAGUUAAAAAUUUAACAAAUCAUGCAACUAAAGUAUCAAUAUUCUUAAGGCAAUUACAGUCAUUAAUAGUGAGUGUCAAUAUUUAUUUUAUAUCUCAUGUUGCUUCAUAUAAUGUUACUAAUAAUAUAUUUAAACAGGGUAAAUUUAUCAAUACAGCUCGCAUCAUUGAAAAUAAUGAAUAUGAAACAACAAAUAAUAAAGUAAAAGAAAUGUUACAAGAAUUACAGAAUGUACUUGAAACUCCAUCUGAAGUUCAAUUAUCAUCCAACAAUACACUAAAUACUAUUAAACUAUCUUUGGGAAAGGUGGCUAUAAAGUUACAAAAGGUAAAGUACGGAAUGCAUCCAUGGUCUGUUGUUUAUUCAGAUUUACCUGAAAUACCUGCACUUGGACCAUUUGAAAAGAAUGUAUCAACAUUAAUUGUAGCAAGAAAUAAAUUUAGAUUACAAGUGGAAAUACUUGAGAAAGCAUGGUCUAAUUUGAAGCAAAUUGAUGAGAAUUGUUGGGUAAUGGAUCCAUUACAACCAAAGCCAUGCCAUCUUUAUAGACGAAUUUAUCUAACACCAUCUUUAUCCAUGUUCAUUAAAAUAGAUCCUUUGAAUCCUAUGGAUUUACCAGAAAUUAAAUUUAUGGGUAGUGAAACAGAAGUUGAAUCUAAAAGGGAACUUAUUUCUAAGAAUUUACAGAAUUGGAAUUUACAAUAUAACUUUAUAGAUAAUUUAAUGAUGAUAUUGAAUUUAAAUAUAUUUCCCAAAAAAGAAAAAAAAGAGACAGUACAAGAUGAGAAUACUAUUGUUACUGAUGAAGAAUGUUGUAUUUGUUUCUCUCUAGAAAUAGACUGUAAUAACUUACCUGAUAAAAUUUGUAGUAAUGAGAAAUGUAGAAGGCGUUUUCAUACAUCUUGUCUAUUACAGUGGUUACAAGCAGUUGCUGGUAAUCAUAUUGCAUUUGAUCAUAUUCAUGGCACAUGCCCUAAUUGCCAAGAAAACAUAUCAUGUUGCAUUAAAUAG